GAUUUUGUACUGCAGAAAGAUUGGAUAUUCAAACAAAAGAAGUGAACUCGGGAGCAUUUUGCAUGAGAAGCAAGGAAAUUCAUGCUUCUCAUCUUAAAGAAAUUGAAGAAAAAAUAUUGGCUAAUUAUUUUGGUGUAAAAAGGAAGUGUGUGCUGUCAGAAAAUCUGUCAUAUUUCAAUUUGACACAAAGCUUUCCCCCUGAUAUUGUUCAUGAUUUGUUUGAAGGGAUUAUACCGGUUGAGAUUGCUCUUUGUCUUAAUGUAUUAAUUUCCAAAAAAUAUUUUGCAUUAUCCAAUUUGAAUGACGCAAUAACAUCGUUUCAAUUUAAAUGGACUGACAAGACAAACUGUCCCCAUCUUGUGCCCCAAACCUACACAACAAAGAGAACAAUAGGAGGAAACGCGCACGAGAAUUGGAACCUUUUAAGAUUUCUCCCUCUCUUAAUCGGACACAAAGUUCCUGCCAGUGAACCAGCGUGGCAAGUGCUCUGUGAAUUGAAGGACAUUGUAGAACUUGCUGUUGCACCUUUUCACACUGAGGACUCCAUUUGUUAUCUAGACUUUAAGAUAUCAGAACACAGGACAGUAUUUCAAGAAGUAUUCCCUCAUGAAAGAAUUCUACCUAAACAUCAUUACUUGGAGCAUUAUCCACAACUGAUCCGUCAGUUUGGCCCGCUCGUUGCACUAUGGACUAUGAGAUUUGAAGCUAAACAUAGUUUCUUCAAAAGAGUAAUACGUCAUACAAAUUGUUACAAAAAUGUUUUGUAUUCAUUAGCACAAAGACACCAAUUUCAGUCUGCACAUAAUCUGCACAUCUGUAGGUUUCCUAAACCAUCCUUAGAGGUCAGUGAGGUAUCAACACUACCCAUUGAUGUUAUUAACGAAGAUAUAACAUGGGCAGUGAAACAGAAGUACCCACAAAUUGAGACUGUGAACCUUGCAAAAAACGUUUUCUACAAUGGUUUAAACUACAGGAUUGGAAUGGUGUUAUCCCAUGGAUCGCUGGCUGGACUUCCAGAGUUUUGUGAAAUUGUUCAUAUGAUUGUUGAACAAGAGACCCUGCUUUUCAUUGUAAAAAACUUGGAUGCCUGGUACCUGGAACAUUAUCGAGCUUAUGACUUGGUCACGUCUACUACUAGAGUGCUAAAGCUUGUUGGCCUGCAUGAACUGACAGAUCACUACCCUCUAAAUUACUACAUGGUUGGUGGACGGCGCCUCAUCUCACUGAAGAGAUACAUCCAUGCAUAAGCGUUGUAUAGAUUGUUCUGUAUUGGGUGACACAGCAGUGAAGAUGCCAGUCAAGUUGCGAAUUAUUCUGAAGCCCGAUGACACCAGGAAGCUACUUCUGCCAGAUGGAAUACCAAAAACAAUGGAGCAACUCACGGAUGAAGUCAGGAAAGUGUGUGGCUUGAAUGGGGAAUUCAGAUUACAGUACCAAGACAAAGACUUUGGAGAUGCACUUGUAAAUUUGACAUCUACAGCUGAACUAGAGGAUUUGACAACUAUCAAGGUCAUCCCAAUAACUGAUGAUUGCAGCCAAAGAUUCAAUGUCACUGUCUUGGAGGAUGCUCAGUCUUCAAGCUUCCAUUCAGAUGACACGGAGAUCCUUUGCUCACCAUCAAGCUCAGUGUCUACAAGACGUGAAAUGUGGCCUAGAGAGUUUCCAAUCCCCAAGUUUUCGUAUGACACUGAACUGCAGUUAGAAAAAGGAAAUGCAGAGUAUAGGUCAAACAAGACGAGGUUUAAGCACAGUACAAAAACAAAGUCCGAUAUUC